GCGCGGCCCCGUGCGCGUGCCCGCGGCCCCGUGCGCGUUCCCGUGCGAUUCCCGCCAGCCCCUGUCCGUGCCCGGCUCUGGGGCCGCUUCCCGGGGCUGUCCCGGCCAUGCAGCAGGCGCUGCUGUGCCCCCGCGCCGUGCGGCUCUGCCGGGCCGCGCUCCGGUUCCGCUGCAGCCUCGGCGCUGAGGAGGGAGCGCCCCGAGGCCGCCAUCCCCUCCCGCAGGCCGGGCGGGCAUCGCGGACCGGCCAAGAGCUGUGGCGAGCCCAGCAGGACUCCCCGCGGGCGGGCAAGGGCAGGGAGCGAAAGGUGCCGUCCCUGGAGAGGACGAAGGGCUCGGAGAUCCUGUUCGGGGUGGCCCCGUGCGGGCUGGCGCUGGCCCGGGCGCGCAGGGCGCUGUUCCGCCUGUUCCUGAAGGAGCGGCGCGGCGGCGGCGGCGCGCUGAGGGCCGAGCUCGGGCUGCAGGCCGCGGCCCGCGGGGUGCCCGUGCUGCACGUCCCGGGCCGCGCUCUGGACGCGCUGUGCCGGGGCCGCCCCCACCAGGGAGUGUGUCUGGAGGCCGCCCCGCUGCCCUUCAGGAGCCUGCGGGACGCUGAGGAGCCGCGGCCCGGCGAUGCGGAGAGCGGGAGCGGGCGGCGGCUGUGGCUGGCGCUGGAGCACAUCCAGGAUCCCAUGAACCUGGGCGCGCUGCUGCGCUCCGCGUACUUCCUGGGGGUGGACAGAGUGGUGGCGACCAGCACCAACAGCUGCCCCUUGACUCCCAUAGUGAGCAAAGCCAGUGCUGGAGCCAUGGAGGUCUUUGAUGUGUACAGCACAGAUGAUCUGCAGGGCUUUUUGAAGGCUAAAAGUGCAGAAGGCUGGGAAGUGGUGGGAACAGUCAGCAGGCCUGAGGAUGUGGAAGAUGUUCCUGUCAUUAGCUGCUCAGAAUUCCGGUGGGACAAACCCCUUAUUGUGGUGAUAGGCAGUGAAGGGGAGGGGCUGUCCCUGGAGACGCAGCUGCAGUGCCAGAGGAUGCUGGCCAUCCCCCCGGGCAGGGCGCUGCACCCCGGCCUCGACUCCCUCAACGUCUCUGUGGCUGCAGGUAUCCUCCUGCACUCCAUCUGCAGCCAGAAAAGGAGGCAUGGAGAUUGAAAUCCUCUUUAUUUGGUGGAGGAACUGCUCAGUGUGGAUGUGGAAAUGCUCUUCCCAGGGUCUCAUCCAUCACUGUGGGUGCCAGGGAGACCCUCAGUGACCUGAGCUGCAUUUUGGCUGCUGCAGAAGCCACCAGAUCCUGCCUUAACAUCAAAGGCAGACACCUGAUGUUGUAGGUAACCCCUGGGAGGAGCAGCUGUGGGAAGGCACACAGGCCUGGGAGCAGACAGUUUUGGCAGGAAAACACUCAGGGAUGGCUUCCAGCACCGUGGGGACUUUGUGCAUCACUCAAACCAUGGGGACAAUUCGGGCUGUGGUGGAAGUGCCACUGAAAGUGCCCUGGGCAGCAGCUGUGAGUCCAGCUGUGCUUGGGAGCCACUGGAGCUGUUCUUUCUGUAUUGGGCUGUAAUCCAGGUGUGCAGCCCUGCCAAGGGCUGACAAACAGCUGGAGUGGGGGGAGCCCGUGGAAAUAAAGUUUUUGUAAAGAUUG